AACACAUCCCACAACCAUUAUUCUUGUUCAACUGCAUCAGGUCGUCCAACUCACCAAGCGGCAAGCGCCAUGCCUUCUUCCGCGCAGGUUCUGCUCUGCCUCGCCGCCGUGCUCGCGGCGGCGGCGGCCACCACCGCCGAGGCGCACUCGCAGUGCCUGGACAACCCGCCAGACCGGUCCAUCCACGGCCGCCAGCUGGCCGAGGCCGGCGAGGUCGUCCACGACCUCCCUGGUGGCCUCAGGGCCUACGUCAGCGGCGCCGCGAGCUCGAGCCGCGCCGUCGUCCUCGCCUCCGACGUCUUCGGGUACGAGGCGCCAUUGCUCAGACAGAUAGCAGACAAGGUUGCAAAGGCAGGGUACUUCGUCGUCGUGCCCGAUUUCUUGAAGGGAGACUACUUAGACGACAAGAAAAACUUCACGGAAUGGCUCGAGGCUCACUCUCCGGUGAAAGCUGCGGAAGACGCUAAGCCACUGUUCGCCGCUUUGAAGAAGGAAGGGAAGUCCGUCGCGGUGGGAGGCUACUGCUGGGGAGGGAAGCUGAGCGUGGAGGUGGGGAAGACCAGCGACGUCAAAGCUGUGUGCCUUUCGCACCCGUACAGCGUCACUGCCGACGACAUGAAAGAGGUGAAAUGGCCGAUCGAGAUCCUGGGGGCCCAGAACGACACGACCACGCCGCCGAAAGAAGUGUACCGGUUCGUGCAUGUGCUACGUGAAAGACACGAGGUUCCCUACUACGCCAAGAUCUUCCAGGGAGUCGAGCACGGGUUCGCCUGCAGGUACAACACCACCGACCCUUUCGCCGUCAAGACCGCAGAGACGGCCCUCGCCUACAUGGUCAGCUGGUUCAACAAGCACCUCAACUGAAUCAAGCCUGCACUGCACCCACCAGACUGAAUUCAAUAAACCACAGCAGUGCUGUGAUAUUUUGUUUGGAUUCAUGGCUCCCCAGAUUGAUUUGUCAUGGCUAAGACCUCUACUACUGUAAUUUCCCUCAUUUUUUGUCUCUUCAAACUCUCUGUAUUCUUUUUUUUUGCUUUUUUAUGACCGCAAUAAAGUUCAGUAGGGGUAUACCCCUCAUGUUUGCUU